UUUUUCUCCCACUACCACUCUUGUGAUCUUGCUCCAUAUACCAAACUCUCUUCUUUUCUACCUAAAACCAAACCCUCUCUCUCUCCUUAAAACUUCCGCCUUUUUUCUCAACUCUCUCAAUCUCAACAAUGGCUUCUUCCACCUUAGCUACAUUCUCUUCUUCUUCCUCUUCUCUUUUCCGUCUCAACUCCAUUCCUUUCACCUCCUCAAAACCCCUCCCUUCUCCCCAUCUCCAUAUUCCCACCCUAAAGCUCACUGCUUCUGCUCAAUCAUCCUCACCCCAUAAUCCCCAAAACCCCAUUGCCAAAACCCUUAAAAGCUUUGCCAAAGCUGCCAUACUCAUCGGCGCCACAGCUUCCAUGUUUGGCAAGUCCACUCAGUUUCCCGCCAGAGCAGAAACUCCGGCCACCGUCGCCGAACAGACAGAUGAAUCGGAGGCCAUUCCGGCAUCGUCUUCUCCGCUCUCCGAGUUCCUCGGCGCCAACUCGGAAGCCAUUGAUGCUCUUAAGUCGCUUCUCCAGGAAAAGCUCGAGGCCGGUGAGGAUGACGAGGCUUUGAGGAUUUUGGAGCGGUUGGUUUCGGCGCAGCCGGGGGAGAACGAGUGGAAGUUUCUGAUGGCGAGGUUGCUUGGCGAAAUGGGAAAAAUUGAUAGUGCGCGCCAGGUGUUCGAAGAAAUUCUGGCUACGAAUCCUUUGUCUUUUGAGGCGUUGUUUGAGAAUGCUUUGUUGAUGGACAAAAAUGGCGAAGGUGAUGUAGUGAUCAGGCGAUUGGGGGAAGCCUUGAGGAUCGCUGAGGAGGAGAACAAACCCAAGGAAGCCCGGGAUGUGAAAUUGAUAAUGGCGCAGAUACAGUUCUUGCAGAAGAAAUUGGAUGAGGCUUUGGAGCUGUACCAGGAAUUGACUAACGAGGACCCCAAUGAUUUUCGGCCUUAUUUUUGCAGAGGCAUGAUUUACAGCUUGCUCGACAGGAAUUCUGAGGCGAAAGAGCAGUUCGCCAAGUACCGUGAGCUUUCUCCAAAGAAAUUUGAAGUGGAAGGCUACUUGAGGACUCCAUUGUCGAGGAUGAAGCUAUUUGGAACCGAUGAGAAUUAGUGUUUGAAAUUUUCAGCAGAAUAAGGUUCUUUGCUUAAAGCUCAUUUUUGUUUUAUAGUUCUAAAUGAAUUGAACAAAAAAAAUAAAUGUAUUGGUAAUAGAUUACUAGAAAUAGAGAGGAAUUACGGAAUUUUUGUUCAAUAAGAUGAGAAAUUUUGUCUAAAUCCAUGUCAAUAAUUCUAUAUGUGAGAGUUGCAGACUGCUGAGAUUCUUGUCUCUGUAAUUUUUCUCACAUAAAGACCCAUUAUGUUA